AUGUCUAGAAAUAUAGUGCUAUCGGUGCUAGCUACAGCUGCUAUAACUACUAUAGCUGUUGAAUUAUAUCACAAAUAUGUAACACCAACCACUACUAGUCAUAAACUUAUCAAGACGUCACAAAAUUCACAACCUAAACAACAUUCAGAAGAACUUAUUCGAGAACAAUUAGCAAGAAAUUAUGCAUUUUUAACAGAAGAUGGUAUGACCAAAGUUCGUAAUCAGCGAAUUAUAGUGGUUGGAGCUGGUGGUGUUGGAUCUUGGGUAGCUACAAUGUUAGCAAGGUCUGGAGUUGAAAAUUUAAGAAUUAUUGAUUUUGAUCAAGUUUCAUUAAGUUCAUUAAAUAGACAUUCUGUUGCUACUUUAGCUGAUGUUGGGAUAUCCAAAGUUGAUUGUUUAAAAAAUCAUUUAUUGAAAAUUGUUCCUUGGAUAAAUAUAGAUGUACAUAAUAAAUUAUGGAAUUUAGAAUCAGCUGAAGAAUUAUUAGAUUUUAAUCCAACUUAUGUUAUUGAUUGUAUUGAUAAUUUUGAUACAAAAUGUGAUUUAUUAACUUAUUGUUAUAAUAAAAAAAUACCAGUAGUAUCAUCUGGUGGAGCAGCCACAAAAUCAGAUCCAACAAGAAUUAAUAUAUCAGAUAUUUCUAAAACUGAAGAAGAUCCAUUAUGUAAAAAAUUAAGAAUUGUGUUACGAAAAAGAGGUAUAAUUGAAGGAAUACCAAUGAUUUUUUCAGCAGAAAAACCUGAUCCAAGAAAAGCUAAACUUUUACCAUUAGCAAAUGAUGAAAUAAAAAAGGGAGAUGUCGAUCAAUUAUCAGCUCUUAGAGAUUUUAGAGUAAGAAUUCUACCAGUAUUGGGGACAAUGCCAGGUAUGUUUGGAUUAGCUAUUGCUUCUUAUGUAUUAGCAAAAGUAUCAGAUUAUCCAAUAGAACCAAUUGAAGGUAAAAAUAGAUAUAAAUUAUAUGAUGAUUUAUUACAAAGUAUUGCAGGACAACAAACAAGAAUUGGGAAAACUGAUCAAAGAGUUCAAAUAUCAAUGCUUGAUGUUAUUUAUUUAUUGGAAGACGUUUUUAGAGGUAAAUCACCUAUUUCAAAUUAUUCAACAAGAUUAACUUUAAGUAGAUGGGAUUCAACAAAGGAAAUUAGUUUACAAAAUGUUGUUAUAAUGACUAAAGAAGAACAAAAAUUACAUGAAAAAAGAGUACUCAUAGGUGGUGAACCUUUAGAAGUUGUAUACCCAAGAGAAGUAAUUGAAUUGGUAAAUAAAAGAUUUAAAGAUGAAGCAUAUUUUUCACAAUUUAGAUAA